UGAGACCCCUGGCUUGGGUGAUCUACUGUUUAACUCCAGGCAGAUAUCACAGAUAACUUGCCAUGAAGCUGACCAUUGUGUUCCUGCUGGUGACCAUUGGCAUUUGCAGUUACUCUGCUACUGCCUUCCUCCUCGGUAGUGUCAAGAAUGCCGUACCUGAUCCUGAAAAUUCGCCUUUGGCUUCCAUUUCCCUUCUGAAUCCAUUAAAGAAUCUGCUGCAGUCUCUGGGCAUUCCUGUUGAGCACCUUGUAGAAGGGCUAAGGAAGUGUGUGAAUGAGCUGGGCCCAGAGGCCUCUGUGGCCGUGAAGAAACUGCUGGUGGCCCUUUCAAAUUUGGUGUGAUGACAGAAUGGAAGGAGGAGGACGGUCUCCUUCACCCUGGCUGAAACUCCUUCCAUCCUAAAAUGUAGUGACUCCUGGAAAGAAUGAAUAAAGCAAUUGAGUAGAU